AUGGCGCCGCAGAAGCGUCCAGCUCCCCCGCAGUCGGAUUCUGAGAACGAUGACGAUCCAGAACAAAGUACCAGAGGCACUUCCUCUCCAGCCUCAGCUUCGAACAAGCGCCCGAGGAUAAGCGACGAGUCGUCUCUGCAGCGAACCCCCCAAACUGACCCUGACGAGCCACCUACUGCCAGCACUCCGCCAUCUGACUUCGACACUGACGACGAGCAAGCAGAUGUUGCCGCGACACAAGCUUUGCGGGCCAAGGCUAUUGAGAACAGAAGAAGAGGAAAUGAACCUGCUGACUAUGGUAUCUUGGAAGGCGUGGAGCUGAAAAACUUCAUGUGCCACGAAUCUAUGACCUUCAAACUUGGGCCUUUAAUCAACUUUAUUUGCGGUAAAAAUGGUAGCGGAAAGAGCGCAAUCCUGACUGCCAUUACAUUGUGCCUGGGUGGCAAGGCAUCUGCUACCAAUCGGGGUGCCCGCCUGCAAGAUUUCAUCAAGGAGGGUCAAGAUCAUGCUUCUAUUACUUGCCACAUCAAGAACCAAGGGGAAAAUGCCUACAAACCUGAGGACUAUGGGAAUUCGAUUCGAGUGGAACGCCAUUUCACCCGCACCGGCGGCAGUGGCUUUAAAUUGAAAUCAGAUAAAGGACGCAUUAUUUCCACCCGCAAAUUGGACCUUGAGGACAUCCUCGAUCACAUGAUGAUGCAGUUUGACAACCCUAUGUCGGUGCUCUCUCAGGAUCAAGCAAGACAAUUUCUAGCAAACUCGGGCGCUUCGGAAAAAUACAAACUAUUCAUGAAAGGCGUCCAGCUUGAACAGCUAGAUCAGGAUUAUCGGUUGAUCGAAGAACAAUCCGAGAAUAUCAAAGCCAAGGUUGAGAUCAAGGCCCCCGACCUGGAAGAUCUCAGAAAGGCCAUGGAAAGUGCAAACACGAAAUUAGAGCUGUCCCAGAAGCAUGACAGCACUCUAGCAAAGAUGCGUGAAUACCGCCGCUUGCUCGCAUGGAUUCAGGUCGAGGAACAAGAGAAGAUACGAGACAACUACAUGCAGGCAAUCGUGGAAGCAGAUGGUAGGAUAGCAGACGCAGAACAUAAGGCUGAGCAAUUGGAUGAGAUAUACCAAGCAGCAGACCAGGAUGCAACCAACACAAACAACACCUACGAACUUAUGAAAGCCGAAGUUCUCGCGGUUGAAGAAGAAAAACGGGAAGAGAAAGCCCGCCAUGAUGAGGUAAAGAAAGCUACUGUAGAAGCUCAUACAGAGCAGCGAGACAUUCGCACAAAUCUAAAGGUGGUAGAGGGCAUCAUCACCACGAAAAAGCAGGCUAUUGAAGAAGAAAUGAACAGGUUAGCAGAGCUGGACGGUGGCGGUGCUGCCGCUCGUGUGCACGCUCUUCAAGAGGCCGAGGAAACACUCAACGUCGCGAGGAGAGUUGAGAGAGAACAUGCUGACAAAAGACAUAUAUUGCAAGCCGAGAUCAAAACUACCGGGCAGCUUCUCGAAGAAGCUGAACAAGCGAAGAACUCCCAGACAGAACGUGUGAGGCAACAGGGACAAAUACUCGAUCAGAUGAACCGUAAUCGCAAUUCGCAGGAUUUGGCAUUCCACCAAAACAUGCCUUCCUUGUUGAAAGCAAUUCAACAGGAGAGUAAAUUCCAGCACCGUCCGAUUGGCCCGCUGGGAAAGCAUGUCAAGUUACUCAAGCCUGAAUGGUCUUCAAUCCUGGAGAAGUCAUUCGGCAGCACCAUGAACGCGUUCCUAGUGAGCAACAAGCGCGACGAAAAGCUACUCAGCGACAUUAUGAGACGUGCGAAAUGCCCAGUUCCUAUCUACAUUGGUAAUAAUCAGCCAAUUGAUGUUAGCAGUCAUGAACCGGACGCUCAAUUUGACACCAUUCUCAGGGUACUGGAAAUCGACAACGAAGCAGUGAAGAAACAGUUGGUGAUUGCACACAACAUUGAACAGGCUAUACUGAUCCCGGAUAUGGCAGAGGCUUCGGAAAGAUUGUACUCAACAGGUCAACCGUUACGGAAUGUCAAGAGAUGCUUCUGUUUCAGCGCCAAUACUCGCCUAAGAGGUGCCGUUUUGUUCUAUCGAGGUGGGCAACCUGCCCAGGACCCUGUCCAUCAGUUUCAGGGCAGCCCUCGCAUGCGCGCCGACGUUGAUGAGAGUAUUCGAAGACAAGGUGAAGCUGUCGAGGAGUCGAAAGCGCAGCUUCAUCAACUCGAAAAUGAGUUUCUCAAUGCUCGAGACCGACAUUUAAAAGCGCAGCAGGCUCUUACAAAGCAUGGUCGAGACAGUGGUGAACUACGAAUCACAGUCCAAUCGGCCCAGCACGAAGCAGAAAAGCUGAGAGAUGCGAUCAAUGAAGACAAUGUCGAAGGUGGAAAGCUGGAGGCGCUGAGAGAGGCGCUGAAUGAUGCAGAGGAACAAAAGGCCGUCCACGCCAGCUCGUAUCAAGAUUCCGUGACUGCCCUAGACGAGAAAAAGCAACUGCUUCGGACCGCAACCCAGAAACUCAGUGAUCUAGACGAGCGGAUGGCUAACCUGCAGGCAACUGCGAAUGAUGCCCAAGUUGUCGCACAAAAGGCCGGAAAGAAACGUGCAUACACCCUUGGUGAGAAGAACGCGGCGAUCGCCCGAAUCGAUGAUGCCAAGAGCGACCGAGGAACCAUGGAACGCAAGCUUGAAGAAAUAAACAGCGAUAUUGACAAUUGGACCGAACAAGCACGGGCGGUGUCUGAGCGAGUUAACAUCCCUACAGGUACAACUUACGAUGCCCUCGAAAAGAAGUAUAAGCGACUCGGGAAAGACUAUGCAGCAUUCGAGAAGAACCUGGGCGGGAGCAAAGAGCAGAUUGCUGCAAGGGCAGCGGAAUGCUCUGAAGCAUACAAUAGAGCCCGGCAAGAGAUGGAGGAUAUGGAAAAGCUGCUGGACAAGUUGUUGGAAUCCCUCGGUGAACGAAAAACCCGCUGGAAACUGUUUAGAAGCUUGAUUUCACAUCGGAUCAAGAUCCAGUUCAUGUACAUGCUCAGCGAGAGAGGCUUUCGAGGGCAGGCGGUUAUGGAUCAUAAGAAGAAGUUGAUGGAGAUCCAGGUGGAGCCCGAUAUCACCACGCGUGAUGGAAGUGGGCGAGGUGUCAAAACUUUGUCUGGUGGGGAGAAAUCGUUCACGCAAAUCUGCCUCCUCCUUGCCAUAUGGGAAGCGAUGGGUUCACCAGUGAGAUGUUUGGACGAAUUCGACGUCUUCAUGGAUGCCGUGAAUCGAUCAAUCAGUGUCAACUUAUUGAUUGAGGGGGCAAGACAAAGUAUUGGGAAACAAUUUGUCCUCAUCAGUCCAGGCACCAAGUCCGAUAUCAAACGAGCUCCCGAUGUCAACGCUAUUGAGUAA